AAAAAAAAAAAUAACACAAGAGAAAGAGACUCGGAGAAAUUGAUAUUAGAUGGAGAAAAGGAUUGUGUACGGUUUGGUAGUAAUGCUAAUGUACUUGGUGGGUGGUGGCUAUAGUCAAGGGGUAGUGAAACGGAUACGUGACAAAGCUGAAUGGGAAGCAAUUCUGGCCGAUGCCGAUCAUUACAUAGGGCUUAUAGUAACGUCCCCGUUGUGCGGUUCUCCAUGUGCUAUAUUGAACGACCAAGUGGCUCAAAUUGUCGAUUCAUUCAAUUCAGUCGGCGUCCGCAUUCAGUUUUUUACAGCUUACCUUUGGCAGGCUUUUAUCUUAUCAGAUUGGAUCAAAUCUGUACCAACCGUCUUAAUUUUCGAACAUGGAAACGUAACAAUUAGCUACGGAAAUCUUUCGGACUGGGGUAACUUUUAUGAUAUAUUAUUCGGCUCAGGUAUAUUUAACUUCGCCCCAGCCCCCUCCCCCUCCCCCUCCCCCUCCCCCUCCGACGCCAACUUGCCACUGCCUCCUCAAUCCGGCUUGUAA